UACGCAUAAUGUAUUAUUGUGCUCGUUUCGCCUUCGGCCACAUUUGGCAACAUAAAGAUUAGAUAAAUAUCAGCACGUAGAAAUUCGGCUAAAAUAAAUCAAAGUCAUAUAUCCAAUUAGAAAGCCUAUGGAAAUAUAACAAGAGGGCAAUACGGUCUUUUGCAUUUUAAUAAGUCUUACAACCUCGCUUUAAUCAUAAAUGUAUGAAUAUAAUAUUUAGAAUUUGCUUACGAACUAUACAUAUAUAUAUAUAUAUAUAUAAUGCACAGUAUCUAAAUAUUGUCGGAUAGCGUAUACCAUAUACGGCAAAACAUGAUAACGAAAUAAAACGGACACGACUCUCCGAUUAACCAGGCGUGGGAAUGUAAACAGCAUCCUGUGAAAUCCACGGAGUUAUCGAUAGACUAGGGGGGAAGUAGAAGAGCAGGAGGCCCUAUAAAACCAGACCCGAAACGGCCUGUAGAUUAGACGUGUAGCACCAUAGUACAGGCGAGCACCUUCACGCACGGCAACAUAAUAAAUUCUCAAAUUGUACUUAGAACAAUUUUCAAUAAAAAACCUAAAUAACUUACAUCAGUCUUAUUAUUCAACUCUACCUGAAGAACUCCUCAUCCAUCAGUCUUGCUACCUGCAACUUUAUGAGCUAGGCAGUUAACUCAACUCCUAGACCAUAACACUGGCGCAGUCGAGUACGGAACUUCCAAGGAAUUGAGGCGAGUCGAGCAGUCAAAGCAGCAGAAAUCAGCGGAGGAAGUGCAGCAGCGACGCAGAGCUCGAUUCAAAUCAACGACACGGAGGCAACUUUUCAAGUCACAGUCGAGGACCGAUCACCCUUGACGACUCCGGGAAGCGACGAACAAUUCAAGACAGGCAAGCAGACAAAAUAAGGAAAAAAUAUGAACAGAGCAGUAGGUGCAGGAGUAAUGUGAGUUAAUAAUAAUUAUAAAAAUAAUUAGAAUUGUAGCUUGGGUACACGUCUCACGUUGGUUUUUUUUUAAGAAGCCAGCGGUAAAAAUUUUUUAGUUUAGAUAUUGGUGAAGGUGCGUAUAAUAAGAAAUCUUAUUAUAUAUUAAAGGAAAAAAAAAAAUAUAAGCUGUUGAAAAAGAAAUAUAUAUAAUUGUGGUAAAAUAGACAGCGGUAGACUGAUCUGUGUUGAAAUAAAUGGUUGAAUUAAAUAGGAAUCAACAAAUGAAAUAGUAAGGGAAUACUAUAGUUAAUUGAAAAAGUAAUAGAGGAAAUAUAGAAUUUGAUAGAAAAAAAUAUUGGGAAAAAUAUAUAUAUGAAUGCACGCGUAGCAAUUGAAUAAAUGAUAAAAGUUGAUGAAUAAUUAGAGAAAAAAAAAAAGGGAUUAUUGAAAUAAAAUUUUGAAGUGAAUUAAUUGAUAGUCAAUUGUUGAAUAAAUGAAGAUUUUUGAGAAAUAUAGGUACCUAUGGAAUAAUUAAAUGAUGUUUUGUGAAUAAUAUAGAAGAAUACUGAAGUUGAAAUAUUGAAAUAUAAAGAGUAUAUAAAGAGUUUUUGUUUUUGAAGUAUAAAGAAAUUUUUUUUGAAUAACUGAAAUAAAGUUAAUUUUGUGUCUAAAAGACAAGUGUAUUGAAUUGAAGUAUUAAUGUUGAAAAAUUAUAGACAAAGAGAAUUAGAUUGAAAGAAAUCAAUUGGGAAAAAUAUUACAAGUGGAAGUAAUAGGAAGGCUAGCAUAGAAUAAGUGUAGUAAUAGAAUAUAAUAGUAAUAUUCGAUAGUUAAAUUGGUAAAAAAAUAAUAGAGUAAUUAGAUUUUAAUUGUAAGAAUUAAUAAGAAAUUAGGUAGUGGAUAUAAAAUAUUUAUUAAAUUGGAGUAGCUAACCAAUGUUAAUGGUAUUUUAAUAUCCAAAGCUUGUUAUAUAUCGUAGGGAGAGCGAUAGAAAUUACGCAACGACAGAGUUACGUAAAAAUACGAGUGUUUUGUGUGUGUGAGUGUGUGUAUACACUACACAAUACGACGCGGUGUACGUAAAUACAAGCGUACGGGUAUGAAAUAUAGAAUAAAUAAUGAGAAUAAAUGUCGAGUUAAAUAAAUUAAAUAUUCUUAAAUGAUAUUAGUGAAUAUUGAAUAUAUAUGAAUAAAGAAUCAGGAAAUUCAGAUAUUGAGAGUAGUUCUUCGGAUGAAUCGAUAGAACAAGUUAAAAAUAAAAAAUUAGGAAAAGAAGUAGUAAGGAAAAAUAGGAUAAUAAAAGAGGAAUUUUUAAUAGACACUACAGAAAUAAUAGAAGGAAUAGACAACGUUACUAGAAAAAAUUAUUUUAGGACUUUAAGUCAAACAGAAGAGUUAGGUAAAGUAUUUACCCCUCAGAAAAGUGUAAAACAAAAAUUGUCGGGUAGAUCAGGUUCUAGAUCUGAUCCCGGUGUAAAACACGUUCAAUUACAGCAAAUAACUAGGAAAAAAGUAGCGAACGUAAAACAUAAGAUGGAUUUAGAUAAAGCAGUUUCUAUGAUUCCGAUUUGCACGGGUAAAAAGGACGUAGCAGAAUUUAUAAAUACAUGUGAGAUAGCACUCAACGAUAUUGCAGAGAUAGAUAAACAACUAUUGUUAAAAAUUAUAACUUCUAAGUUAGCGGGAAAUGCUUUAGAGGUAACCAAGUAUCGUACGUUAGAUUCUUGGGAAGCAAUAAAAUCAAUUUUACAAGGGGCAUUUGAGCAUAAAAUUUCGGAAAGGGCUUUAUCAAUAGGUUUAAAUACGGCACGUAUGGCAGAAGGUGAAAGUGUAGCGAAAUUCGCGAAUAGAAUCGAAGAAUUAUAUUACAAAUUAUGUGCAGCUAGUACCGUAGGGUUGAACAAAGCUGAGGAAACUGUAGUGAAAAGCCAAACGAAAAAACAGGCUAUGAUUAUAUUUAUGACGGGUUUACCAAAUCACUUAUAUAUAGUACUGAAAGCAAGAAGUCCUAAGUCUUUAGAGGAGUGUAUACAAAUGACUCUUGAUAUCGAAUAUAAUUCUAGGAUGAGUAUAGAAAAUUUACAGAAUAAUGCGGAAAGUCAAAGUUUUAGUAAAAACGAAAAUCAGGGUGUAAAUGGGAAUACAAAACAACAGAAUAAUAAUGGUAAAAUUAAUACAUUUUACCGCGGUAAUAAUGGUCAUAUGAAUCAAAAGGUAGAAAUAAUAAUUUUAAUAAUCGAAAUGGUUAUAAUGACGGAUAUAAUAAAUUCAAUAAAAAUGUUAAUCGCGGAGGAUACAGUAAUUUUAAUAAUAAUAAUCGUAACGGAUACAGUAAUUUUGAUAGUAAUAAUCGUAACGGAUACAGUAAUCGUACAGGAUACAGUAAUUCCAAUAAUCGCGGCGGAUAUAGUAACAAUUAUAGACAAAAUUAUAACGAAAAUAAUAAUCAGCGAAAUAAUUUUGGUAAUCAGAAUAGAAGUAACACUGGAUGUUACACGUGUGGGAAAACAAACCAUAUCGCAAGAGAGUGCUGGCAAACGAACGGUCGACCAGGCGGAAACGACCGAGCAAAUACACAUAACACCAGUCGUGAUAAUGGUGCGCGUAAUUCUGGAGGUGGUAAUAGUAGUAGAAACAAUACGGGUGUUCAGAAUUUGCAUUGUAGUUAUUGUAAUAAAAUAGGACA